UAUUAAUACAAGACCCAGUGACAAUACAGAAAAUAUAUAUAUGAAUGCAUUUCCGAAAAGGUCUCAACAAAGACUGAAGCACAGCGAGAUCCAGGAUCGUUCUGCGUGUCGUAAUCAUGGUCCCUACAAGCUGGCUGUGGUGUUUCUUGGGCUGCUGUGUGUUCUCCUUUUGGCUGUCAUCAUCAUAGGGCUGUUCAUCAAAACUGAGGAGACAAGACAGCUACAGCUUAGGUACAACAACCUGACUGAAGAGAAGGAACAGUUACAGCUUAGGUACAACAACCUGACUGAAGAGAAAGACCAGUUAGAUAUCCUUAAUAACCUGAAUAGAGAAAAUGAACAGCUACAACUUAGGUACAACAACCUGGCUGAAGAGAAAUACCAGUUAGAGACCCUUAAUAACAACUUGAUUAGAGAGAAGGAACAGUCACAGUCAAGAAACACCAUGUUGAACACUGAGAAAUCUCUGCUAGAAACCAACAUCAGUGCCAUUGUUGGUGAGCGAGACGAACUACAGUCACGUCUUUGCAAACUCGAAUCACAUGACAUGAAGAGGAUUAAAAGUCAUGCAGUGGAUGUGACUCUGGAUACUGACACAGCACAUGCCUCUCUCAUCCUGUCUGCUGAUAGGAAACAAGUGGCAAAUGGCGACACUCAACAAUCUGUCCCUGACAGCCACAAAAGGUUCGGUCCUGUUAUAUGUGUCUUGGGAAAACAGGGCUUUUCCUCUGGUAAAUUCUACUAUGAGGUUCAGGUCGAGGGGAAGCCUGAUUGGACGUUAGGAGUGGCCAGAGAGUCCAUUACCAGGAAGGGAAAUAUAACUCUGAGCCCUGAGAAUGGAUACUGGACAAUAUGGCUGCGUAAUGGGACUGAGUAUGAGGCACUAGCUGAUCCCUCUGUUCCCCUCUCCCUGAAAGAGAAGCCCCAGAGGGUGGGGGUGUUUGUGGAUUAUGAGGCAGGUCUGGUCUCCUUUUAUGAUGCAGACUGUUGGUACCAUCUCUACUCUUAUGCUAAUGUUAAGUUCACUGAGAAACUUUACCCAUUCUUCUAUCCUGGUCUUAAUGAUGGAGGUAAGAACUCCUCUCCUCUUAUCAUCUCCUCAGUUUCUAUUUGCCCCAUCAGUUAAUGUAUAAUGAUGGUGGAUGCUUU